AUGGCUGCUUUGCGUUUGUCUACUUUAUUUUUCAUCACCUUAUUCACUUUUCAUUCUUUUCUCUCUCUCUCUCUCUCUCUCUCUUCCUCCUCCUCCUCAUUUCCCUUGUUCCUUUUUUCGUCACGUUCUCUUCAUCUUUUCUUUUCUCCUCUCCUUUUCAUUUUUUUUCAUUUCUCUUCCACUUUUUUUCCUCCAUCAUAUUCUCUUCUUUACUCGUCUUCUCUUCCUCCUCUUUUUUAUUUAUUCACCUUUUCUUUCUUUCUUUCUUUCUUUCUUUUUCUUCUUCAUUCGUUUUUAUUCACGUUCUCUCCUUCUGUCUCUUCUGCCACUUCAUUUUCUCUUUCCUCUUUCCUCCUCCUUCUCUUCUUUGUCCUCUUAUUAUCCUUUUCUUUUUUUCUGAACGUUCUUCUUCUUCAUUCUUUUUAUUCACGUUCUCUUAACUUUCACCCUCUUCCUUUUCUUUUUUUUCUUUUUUCGCCUCCUCUUUUUUUCUUUUCAUUUUCUUUGUUCUCUUCCACUUCUCCUUCUCCUUCGUAUUUACUUCUUUACUACUUUUCUCUUCCUCCUCUUUCUUUAUUUAUUCACAGUUUCUUUUUCUUUCUUUCUAUUUUUCUCUUUCUUUCUUUCUUUCUUCUACUUCUCUAUCAUAUUCACUUCUUUUCUCUUCCUCCUCUUUCUUUAUUUAUUCAGUUUCUUUUUUCUUUCUUUCUAUUUUUUCUCUUCCUUUCUUUCUUUCUUUCUUUUUUUCUUUCUUUCUUUCUUUCUUUCUUUCUUUCUUUCUUCUCCUUCUCUAUCAUAUUCACUUCUUUUCCCUUCCUCCUCUUUCUUUAUUUAUUCACAGUUUCUUUUUUCUUUCUUUCUAUUUUUUCUCUUUCUUUCUUUCUUUCUUACUUCUCCUUCUCUAUCAUAUUCACUUCUUUUCUCUUCCUCCUCUUUCUUUGUUUAUUCACAGUUUCUUUUUUCUUUCUUUCUAUUUAUUUCACUUUCUUUCUUUCAUUCUUUCUUUCUUAUUUCUCCUUCUCUAUUAUAUUUACUUCUUUUCUCUUUCUCUUCUUUCUUUGUUUAUUCCUCCUUUCUUUGCUUCUUUCUUUUUCUUCUCAUUCUCUUUCAUAUUCUAUUCUUUUCUUUUUCUUCUCUUUCUUUGUUAAUUCACCCUUUCUUUUUUGCUUCUUUCUUUUUUCUUUCUUUUUUUCUUCUUAUUCACGUGCAUAUUCACUUCUUUUCUCUUUCUCCUCUUUCUUUGUUAAUUCACCCUUCUUCUCUUUGCUUCUUUCUUUUACUUUUCUUUCUCUUUCAUAUUCACUUCUUUUCUCUUUCUCCUCUUUGUUUGUUAAUUCACCCUUUCUUUCUUUAUUUUUUCUUCUCAUUCGCUUCUCCACUUUCUUUUAUUCUCCUUUUUUCUCACGAUCCUCUUUUCUUGCUUUUUUUCCUUUUCUUUCUCUUCGUCUUUCUUCUUUUCUGUUCUAUUUUCUUCUCUUCUCUUCUUUCUUUUCGUUCUUUUCUUUCUCCUUUUUCUUUUCUAAUCCUCCUUCUCUCUCUUUUCCCCUUUUCUCCUUUUAUUUUUCCUUCUUUUUCUUCUUCUUCUUCCCUUUCUUAUUCUUUUCUAUUUGUUCUUUUACUCAUUUUUCAGCAUCGUGCAUUUUUUUCUCUUUCUUUUCUCCCCUUCCACCGUUCGACUUUCAUAUUUUUCUUCUUCUCUCCCACUCCUCUGCAUUUCUUAUCUUCUUCUUCUUCGCCUCAUUCUUUUCCCCACUUUCUGAUACUAUUCCUGCCUGCUUCUUUACUUAUUCUCCUCAUCCUUCUACUCACAGAUCUUCCUCUUCUAUCUGUUUCCUCUCUUUAGUAUUUCUUUAUUUUCACAUUGAUUCCUCCACAACCAAACUCCUCCACUUCCUCCUAUUUUUCCCUCCUUCUUUGUCUUCUACCGGAGCUGAUAAUUGGACAAGCGCACGCAAUUACCAAAUCUUUCGCCCACUCCCUCUUACUAUUACCGUCUUUCGACUCCUACUUCUCUCAACUGUCCUACCUUCUUUCCCAACCAACCACAUCCACUUUCUUGCCCGUAGUCUUAAUACCCUUUCCUGUGUUUGGGCUGCGGGACUUCAUUCGAACUAA